AUUUUAGAGUAAGCAGUAGUGGUAUGAGAAAACCAACAAAAAAAAAAAGUAAACAUUCAACCUGCCGCUUUAAAAAAGUAGCACCUAGUUCAAAUAAGAAACGACUAUUUGAGGAUAAGGAAACAGAAACGCGAAAUGAUG